CAGGUUUUCCCUUAAAUUCAAUGUUAACCUUGGAUGUUCUGCCAUGUCAUGUUAAUGAUCUGGCAACUGAGUGGCUUUCCAAUCGCAAAGAUUGACGUAUAGCCUGGUAACAUUUGAAUAUGCGUGUUCAAUUCAGCUUUUGCAUGACGCUGCUGUCUCUGACUUGCAAAGUAAAUGAUAAUAUUGUGUGGAAGAUUUAUUACGGUCGGUAGUGUUUGAAUCGAAGACAUCGUGUUUGAGUGAUGUUCCACAUUUGGCUUUAUUCCUACUGUAUGAUUGCCCGGAGAAAAAUGCAAGUUGCGUCUUAUGUGGUGUGAAUGCCAACCCGCGGCUGUGUCAAUGCGGAUUCGUCUUUGCGCUAUAAUCAAACCCCUCACCAUAAUUCAUGUUAGGAUAUUCAUGUCUCUUCUUUAUGUUUCUUUAAAACACCCUGUUGUCACUGUGGUCAAAUGUAAAAGGACAGUUUUAUUUGAAGGGAAACGAGAGAUCGUUUGCGGUAUAAUAAAGCGGCUCAGGUGCGUCACUCAUAAAAAAAAAAACGGUGAAGUGCAUUUUUUUGUAAAAUCAUUUUAGCGUCGUGUGCGUCAACGAGCCCGUGUAAAGCUGGAAGUGUAUUUUAACCUUGUUGAAGGACAGCUGUAUUUACUGACGUAUGUAAAUGAAUAUAGCAGGGGAGGUCCUUGGGCAAAAAACACAAUCAGUUUCACAUUGCAGCUCCGGAGUUCCUGCGUGGAAGGGAAAAACGAGACGUGGCGAAAUCUGCUCAGCAAACCAUGCAGGAUGAUUUACUGAUGGACAAAAACAAAGCCCAGCCUCAUCAUCAGCAAGAUCCGACGCAAGCAGACCCUCCUCCCUCCACCCCGACCCCGGAGACCACCUCUCCCUCAUUGGACUCUGAGAGCCCGUCCACCGGCAGCAAGCAGGCGGCUUCCGUGCUGAGCGUCAGUGGUAAGGACAGGGUGCCCAUGGAGUCGCCGAUCCUACCCGGACUGAGCUACAACCAGCAGCCGCAGCAGCAGCCGCAGGAGACCGGCGGGCCCCUCUCCUCCCCGUCCUCCUCGUUUGGGAGCACUUGGUCCACGGGAACCACAAACGCCGGCGUAGAUGAUAGCUUUUUCCAAGGAAUCCCCUCCGUGAACGGGACGAUGCUUUUCCAGAACUUCCCGCACCAUGUCAACCCAGUCUUUGGGGGUAAUUUCUCCCCGCAGAUCGGUCUGCAGGCUCCCCAGUCUCAGCAGCAUCAGCAGCCGGUAACCCCGCAGCAGCAGCAGCAGCAGCAGCAGCAGCAGCCGCAGCAACAGCAACAGCAGCAGCAGAGGAGAUCUCCUGUCAGCCCCAACCAAGGCCCCUUCCCUCAGAGAAACGCUUAUCAAACCAUCAUGAAUAACAGCAAAGGCUCCUCUUCUUCUUCUGCCUCAUCGUCUGCCUGGAAUAAUCACCAAAACGCCGCCUGGAGCACAGCCUCCAACCCAUGGAGCGGUCUGCAGGCAGGCAGGGACCCGCGCAGGGCGGUUGGCGUCGGUGUAGGGGUCGGGGUCGGUGUGGGAGUCGGGGUUCCGUCACCUCUAAAUCCCAUCUCCCCUAUGAAAAAGCCCUACAGCAGCAAUGUUAUAGCUCCCCCUAAGUUUCCAAGACCUGGGCCCCUCACCCCCAAACCUUGGAUGGAGGACAGCGGCUUCAGGACUGACAACAGCAACAACAUACUGCCUUUCCAGGACCGGACCCGGCCCUUUGAUGCUUUUAGCUUGCACUCAUUGGAGAAUUCCUUAAUGGAUAUGAUAAGGACUGACCAUGACAAAGGUAAACCACACCCUGCCGGUGGCCCACCAAUGACUAUCGCUGAUAUUAUAUGGAGGAAUCAUUUUGCAGGACGCAUGAGCCUCAAUUUUCAUCAUCCUGGAGCAGACCACAUAAUGCCGUUAAACACCAGGAGCUAUGGCCGCAGAAGAGGUCGUUCCUGCCUUUUCCCCUUUGAAGACGGUUUCCUCGACGAUGGCCACGGUGACCCUUCGUUGACCCCAGGGCUGAACUCGCCAACGCGCUGUCAGAACGGAGAGAGGAUGGAGCGCUACUCGAGGAAGGUGUUCGUUGGAGGCCUGCCGCCUGACAUAGACGAAGAUGAAAUCACCAACAGCUUCCGUCGCUAUGGGCACCUGGUGGUGGACUGGCCCCACAAAGCUGAAAGCAAAUCCUACUUCCCACCUAAAGGUUAUGCCUUCCUGCUGUUCCAGGAAGAAACGUCAGUUCAGGCUUUAAUUGACGCCUGCAUCGAGGAGGAUGGCAAGCUGUACCUGUGUGUAUCCAGUCCUACCAUCAAAGAUAAACCAGUUCAGAUCCGUCCCUGGAACCUGAGCGACAGCGACUUUGUCAUGGAUGGCUCUCAGCCUCUGGAUCCCCGCAAGACCAUCUUUGUUGGAGGAGUUCCACGACCCCUGCGUGCAGUGGAGCUGGCUAUGAUCAUGGACCGGCUGUACGGAGGGGUUUGCUACGCCGGCAUCGACACAGACCCGGAGCUGAAAUACCCGAAGGGCGCGGGCCGCGUCGCUUUCUCCAAUCAGCAGAGCUACAUCGCUGCCAUCAGCGCCCGCUUCGUUCAGCUGCAGCACAAUGACAUCGACAAAAGGGUGGAGGUGAAGCCAUAUGUCCUGGACGACCAGAUGUGUGAUGAGUGCCAGGGGGCGCGCUGCGGGGGGAAGUUUGCCCCCUUCUUCUGUGCCAAUGUCACCUGUCUGCAGUACUACUGUGAGUACUGCUGGGCUAGCAUCCACUCACGAGCCGGCCGCGAGUUUCAUAAGCCACUGGUGAAGGAAGGGGGCGACCGCCCUCGACACGUGUCCUUCCGCUGGAGCUGAGGGGGGGUGCGGGCGAGCGGGCGGGCGUGAGUCAGUCCUGCCCCGAUGAACCCACACCUGACCCCGCCGCAAACCUCCCGAGAAACCCUGCUAUCCCACAGCCCGGGACAGUACUGCAACCACAACAACAACAAACACACACACACACGCGCGCACACACACACACACACACAUCUCUGACAAUACCACCCUGCUCUCCCCCACAAACACCUCAUUAAAACAAAACAAAAACACACAGAAGACAGUGGUCAUACCACACAGCUGUGGACUCAUGGUCCGGUGUUGCCCUCUGAUGAAGCUCUGUGGGGAAAAGAUAUCAGCUUAGAAUUUGCACUUCGGCACAAGAUCUCAGUAAAACACACACACACACACACACACACACACACACACACACACAGGAUAGUAUGUUAGAAACCUGACUACAGUCUGUUGACGAGCUGGUGUGGUACGUCCUCCUGGACCUCACCCCCUCUCCCCCUCCCUCCCCCUUACCGAGACAGAGGUGGGACCAUACCAUACGAAUAUUUAAAACAAAUCUUUUUGUUUUUUUCCUUUUGUAUCUAUCUAUAUAUAUGUAUGAAUAUAUAGAUAAUUCAAUUUUAUAUAAAAGAAGCAUGCACUUAGCUACAUUGCCCCUAGUAAAAGAUAAUAAUUACCAAAGGCAAGUGACAUUAAUGCACAGAGGAAUUUAAAAAAAAAAACACAAAAACAAAACACGGCAUAAGAUGUAGCAAGGUUUAACAACUAUCCCGUAGUGUGGACCCGAGUAAAAAAUAAAUAAAUAUCACGGCUAUAUAUUCGCGCUCAAUUUUCACUCUGAAAAUAUUAAUACCUCAUUACGCUCAUUCAGAUUAGUUUGUUCUCAAUUUCUAGGUCUUUAUUUUUAUAAUAACAUUAUUUUUUAGUGUUAUGUAAAUGUAAUGCUGCAAUAGCUGUGCUGCUAAACCCGUGGUAUAAACACGUACCAUAUACGUACUUUAUUCAGGCUGCGGUGUAAAAUAAUAACGGAUGUAGUGAAGAACCGGGAGGGAGGGAGGGAAUUUAGGGGGACGCCCUCUAGACAACGACGGCUACCUUUUGUGGGGGUCGGGGUGGGUCGCCCCUAACUGCAUGUUUAUUUCAAUCAGGUUGCUGCAUGCAAUACACUUUUCAGUAUCAUGUCUACUAUUUAAUUCUGCCCAUGUUUGCACAAUACACUAAAGGCGUACAUUGGACUCACAGGAGACUGGACAGGAAGAGGGAAAACUGGUCAAAGGAAGCUCUGCGACGCCAGAGCAGAUAGUUCCUGUAUACAUCCAGACAAACGGGGGGGUGGGGGGAUGCGGUCAGAAGUUUUUUUCUUUUUUUUUCUUUUUAAUCACAACACAAAAUGAAAUGUAGGAUUACCAUUUAAAUCUGUCUACGAUGGGUGAAGUACUUUUUUGCAGUGAUUGUUCUUGAUAUAAUUGUGCAAUUUUUUAUACCGUAUGUAGUUAGGUCUGAGUAUGCCUAGAACUGUGAUUCGCUUUAACUGUCGUCAACGUCCGACAUAGAAGUCCUGUGAAACUUCAUAACUCGUGUGUGCACACGUGCAGUAUCUAUGUUCUCCUGUACACACACACACACACACACACACGUUUGCACCAGUUGUACAUGUAAAAAAAAACAAAAAGUCUCUCAACACACACACACACACACAAAUACACACACGAUCUGAAGAGAAGACGCAACGAUGUGAGCUUAAAGUGAGAACUGAGUUUUCUUUCAUUUUUAUUUCUUUUCAUUUGUUCCACCGGUGACAACAAAAAAAACCCCCCGCCAUGUUAACGUCCCACAAUGCAACCAAAGAGCUCACAUGUACGACUUUUUUUUACAGACCACCUAACACUCAGAGCGAACAGCCGCCUGCUCGGUGGAGGUUGCGGUGGAUUAGACGGAGGGUGGAUAUGAAUUAUUAUUAUUAUCAUUAUUGUUAUUGAAGCUACUGGAGACUUGAGGUUUAUGAACCGAGUUCUGCACAUGGUCUCACUACAUGACAGGGG